CUGGCCACUCACUUUCUGAUGUUGCACGACGGGAAAUGCUUUGAAUACUUGCGACAUGGCUGCGCGCAUUGAUUGCCAAGAUUGACAGCAGCUCUAACCAUCGUAUUCUCUUGUCUGAGUGUCAGUGAGGCAGAUAAAGAACAGAUAGGCGACCAACAAAAGGUACUUGUAGUUUUGGACAGCUGAACUUCACAGAGAGUAGUGCACGGGAUCCCCUCAUAUGGCCCCGUGAGCAGACUUAAGUUUUCGCUCAACAGAUAGCUCAGUGAUCAUUUUCUACAAAGUGUAGCCUAGUCUAGUAGUUUACGCACGGGAGAGGACGCAUAACUAUCUUCUUCACGGCUCAGAUCAUCAAGGUUUUUACAUGAAUUCAAAAUCAACCGACCAGUGAUCGCUGGAAGCUGGGGAUUGAGUCUUUCAGUUUUUAACCCCACACGCUGACAUGGAGGGCUUUCUUCGUAGCAGCUUUUUACUGAGCAGAGUCAUGUCUUCCAAGCAAGCCACGUCUCCUUUUGCCUCUGUGGUCGAUGGGGAUGAUGCCAUGAGUCAGGAACACUUGUCUUGGGAGAAAGAGGAGAGUGCCGAGGCCCAUGGCACACCACAACUGCCCCUGCACAGCCUGCUCCAUGGAAAAGCCCAUCCUGAUGAAAUGCAGCCACUCAGCAGCGUGCCGGCAGAGAGCGACUGGGACAGCUUGGUGUCAGCCCAACAGCGCAUGGAAUCUGACAGCAAUAAAGUAUGUUCCCUGUACUCCUUCCGGAACAAUUCCACCUCCCCACACAAGCCGGAGGAGGGAGCCCGGGAGCGAAGUGACCUGCUGAGCGGAUCUGCGUUUGGAACUCCGGAGCGCCGCAAAGGAAGCCUGGCAGACGUAGUGGACACGCUGAAGCAGAAGAAACUCGAGGAGAUGACAAAGACAGAGCAAGACGAUCCCUCAUGCAUGGAGAAACUUCUUUCUAAAGACUGGAAAGAGAAGAUGGAGAGGCUCAACACCAGUGAACUGCUGGCAGAAGUAAAAGGUACUCCAGAGAGCCUAGCAGAAAAGGAACACCAGCUCUCCACAAUGAUCAGCCAGCUGAUCAGCCUGCGCGAGCAGCUUCUGGCUGCCCACGAUGAACAGAAGAAGCUCGCCGCCUCACAGAUGGAGAAACAGAGGCAGCAAAUGGAGUUAGCUCGUCAGCAGCAGGAGCAGAUUGCAAGACAACAGCAGCAGCUUCUGCAGCAGCAGCACAAAAUCAACCUCCUCCAGCAACAGAUCCAGCAGGUCCAGGGUCACAUGCCUCCGCUCAUGAUCCCCAUUUUUCCACACGACCAACGCACUCUGGCAGCAGCGGCAGCCGCCCAGCAAGGAUUUCUCUUCCCUCCAGGAAUGUCUUAUAAGCCAGGUGAUAACUACCCGGUGCAGUUCAUUCCAUCCACAAUGGCAGCUGCAGCAGCGUCAGGACUCAGCCCCCUCCAGCUUCAGCAACUGUAUGCCGCCCAGCUUGCCAGCAUGCAGGUCUCUCCUGGAGCCAAGAUGCCUCCACUCCCCCAGUCCCUCAAUGCUAGUGGGCCCAUUUCUCCCUCUUCUCUGAAGAAUGACAAGAGUUCCUCCAGCCCCAUCACUCACGUCAAGGAGGAGGGAACACAGCCGCUCAACCUGUCUGCUCGGCCAAAGACGACGGAUCUUGUCAAAUCCCCCACAUCCCCGACACAAAACCUGUACCUCGGCAGUAAAAGCAGCCCUAACAGUCUCCUCGGCAAGGGUGGUAUCCCCAGCCCACUCGGAGGAGGCCUGGGCCGGGGCUCAUCUCUGGAUAUUCUGUCCAGCCUAAACUCUACCGCGUUGUUCGGGGACCAGGACACAGUGUUGAAGGCCAUCCAGGAGGCUCGGAAAAUGAGAGAGCAGAUCCAAAGGGAACAGCUGCAACAUCACCAGCAGGGCAUGGAGGCAAAGCUGUCCGCCCUCAGUUCAGUGGGCCUCAACAACUGCAGAGUUGACAAGGAGAGGGCGCAUUUUGAGAGCAUCGGGCACCACCUUGGCAAGCUGGGUGAGGAAGGAAAGAUCGGCCACAGAGUUAUUGACCUUACCAGGCCAGAGGAUCUUGAUGGAGGCGCUGGAUCUACCGAGGCGCGAGUCUUCAGGGAAGCCCGAGGAAGGAACAACAACGAGCCCCACAUUAAAAGGCCAAUGAAUGCAUUCAUGGUGUGGGCCAAGGAUGAGCGGCGCAAGAUCCUCCAGGCCUUCCCCGAUAUGCACAACUCUAACAUAAGCAAGAUUUUGGGUUCUCGGUGGAAGUCCAUGACUAACCAGGACAAGCAGCCAUACUAUGAGGAGCAGGCCCGUCUGAGUAAGCAACACCUAGAGAAGUACCCAAACUACAAGUACAAGCCACGGCCUAAGAGAACCUGCAUUAUCGACGGAAAAAAACUCCGCAUUGGAGAGUACAAGCAGAUGAUGCGCUCACGGCGACAAGAGAUGAGGCAGUUCUUCACUGUGGGACAGCCACCACAAAUUCCCAUCACCACCAGCGCCAGUAUGGUCUAUCCUGGGGCCAUCACCAUGGCGACCACCACACCCUCACCUCAGAUGACAUCAGAGUGCUCGAGUGCCUCAGCGAGCCCCGAGCCAUCCAUUCCUGUCAUUCAGAGCACCUACAACAUGAAGCUAGAGCCCAACACCAUGGCAAACAACAGUGUGCCGGUCAAUGGCGAGGAUGAGAUGGACAUGUACGAGGAUUUUGAGGAUGAGCCCAAAUCAGACUAUAGUAGUGAAAAUGACGCACAAGAGCCAGUCAGCGCCAACUGAGACCUCUUUAAUGGAAGAUGCCAAUGGAGACACAACAUUCAUACAGGAGGAUGCCCAGAGGGCUGGUAUGAUCUGAGGGAGCGAAAGAGCAAAAGAAAACAAAACUACACCACAAAGGUUAAAAAAAAAGAAAAAAAAAAAAGAAGAAGUAUAAUUUGGUAGCCUGCAUGCAGAUUUGGCUUCAUCAGAAUCAAAAGCUAUUUGGUCUUAAGUGUUUAUUCAAGUGUGUGAAGCAGUUUGGUUGUGGUAAUUUAGAUUUUUCUUUUUUUUUUUAUCUCAAUGUUUAUUUUAUUCAUUGUGAUCAUGGACAUUACACAUAUAGGUCAUUGCCUAGAACAAAAGACGGAACUUGAAAUUGAGCAUUUGAUAUGAACCUAUAAUUCUUACAGUCAUUUACUUUGUUUUCCUCUUCAAUUGGAUGAUUUUGAUAUAUUGCAUAACUGUUCAAGAUGGGGAUAAUAUUCUCACUCAGGUAUAGUGUGCCAGCCAACAGCUUGUGAAUGUUUUUAAUCAAUAAUGAAUUAUUACCAGUACAAAAUAUCUCAAAAUUCAUAUGGAGUGAUUCCAACUUAUUACAGAGGGAAACUACACAUUAUUAUUAUUAUUAUUAUUAUUAUUAUUAUUAUUAUUAUUAUUAUUAGUGUUUUGUUAUUGUUAUUACACAAACUGCAUAAUUUAAUGCAGAAGUGCCAAACAUUUCAAGUUGUUUCUAAAAUCUGUAAAGUCAUUUGGGAGAGGCUUCAUGAGUCUUGGACAAUCUCUUGAUCUCUUAAUACAGCUUCAUUAUCCAGUCUUUCUUUAAUUUACAGAAUAAACAAAUGAAACUCAGGAACUUGGAGGCAGCAGGCUCUGCAGGAGGUUACAGUAUGCAGCAUCUGUGGGUGGUAGCUUGUGAUGCUAGCUGUUCUCCAGGGAGCCCAAUGCAGUGAUCAUCAAUAAAUGGGGCCAGCCCUUACACGUCCUCAUCCCAGUCCACACAGAGCACAGUGGCGUCCUUAACUCAUUUUCAGCUCUGCAACCCAGUCUGAAUCACCAAGUUCUUAAUCAGAGUGAUUGUAAUCAGGCCAGAAUGCUAAAGGGCCAAAGGCCUCCAAUCUGGGAUUGGAACAGCAGUGAAAGGCAGCUUUGGGGGCAUUACAAUCUCAAAUUGAUGUUGUACAAUGUGUAGCUACAGUACGUUCUGUUAAACGCUUUAGCCCUAUUUGGAUGGCAAGUUUAAAGUCUUACGUCUUAGAACUUCAUUUUUUUUUUCUUUUCCAAUCUUAAUUCUUUUUAGACAUUGUAAAUCUUAAAUUGACACUAAGAAGUCUUAAAGCAGAGCACGGCCAUCGGGUUGAUGCAAUGAGUUGAUUACUGCCGUAGUCUUAAGAGGAGUGACAGUUUAGGAGGACAUUUAUAAACUGAGAGAGAGGCUAAAAUCAUGUUUGUUUCUUAAAUUACCUCCUCAUACAUGCAUGACUGGGGUAACUUAAAACACCGAUUUUUGCAUUAGUGCACUUAUACAAAUCUUGUUCUGUCACACUUGAGCCGUAUGUUGUUAUUUUUAAAUACUCUUAUCAGCUUUUGCAAUGCACUUAACGCUUGCAUUUAAAACAGGAAAACAUGCAAUGACUCAAACACAAGGGGCACAAAGUCCUAAUGUCAGCUAAAAAGCUGACAAGUGGUGACCUUCUGGAGACUGCAGCUAGAUAAAGCAAGGCCUUGAUGUUGAGAUUCAGAUCCUCUUUACAGGGCAGAAGGUCUAAGUGGCUCCCCUCCCUGCCAUGCCCUGCUCUGACCCCUGCCCGUGGCAACCUCAGCACCCAGGGGGCGCCAUCUGGCUCAGAGAAGGAGAAAACACCAGGGAGGGAUGGGAAACAAUAAAAAUGGGGUGUGUGUCCCUCAUUGUGCUCUCCAUCAAAGUGCUGGUAGUAAGGCCUCAACAGGGCUCCCACCCUGGCCCAAUCACCAGGCACUGGCGAGCAGAUGGAACAAGUACAUCAAGCUGUGGGGGAUUAUUAAAAUGACUGACGACUGGGUAUCAUCUGAAAUACAGCAUUAUUAAUGCAUGAGUCUAGCUAUUCCCCUCCCUUGCCCUUGCCCUUGAACCUGUUAAUUUCAGACAGAGCUGGAUGGCUGGUCACUGGCCUUAACUGUUCAAGAUCCCACUGCUGGUCACUGCAUUUUUCUCCUAGCUCUAAUUGGUACAGAUGGCUCUAUAUAUAUCUGUUACGCACUCAUAUCUUCUGUACUCUUAUUGUCAAUAUCAGUGCUGGCCUGUGUUGCUUCUACUUUGGGAAGCAUUUAUAUUAAGUAUUGUAGGUUUUUAAACCACCCCAUUCAUAAUUCCUGUUUAAUUUUCUUUCUCCAUCACAUAUUUUCUACAUUGUUCUCAUUUUGCGGUACAAAACAUUUUAAGGAUGCUCUUCUGCAAACAAACCCAUGUGGAUUUCCCUCCAAGUCGACCUGUUUGGUAUUUUGAAGCUGUUUUGCUCCUGUUUGCUGGUGGUUAGAUUGAUUUGUAUGUGAUUGUAAAUAUUUUCAUGGCCAUGCCACACUGCUUUAGUUUGGCUGGUUGUUAAAAAGGACUCUUCACGGAACUGAAACUUGACUGUGCUUAUAUAGCAACAAAAAAAAAGACAAAAAAGGAAGAAAGAAAAAAAUGACAAGAACUCACAAGGAGACGAUGUAUUAUAAGUGUUAUAAGCACUGGAUAUAAAUUGUAUUUUUAUCAAUUCUGAUUAAUGUGAAGCUGUUUAAGAAAAAAAAAAAACACCAUGAAUGAACAAAAUUCACCAGUUGGACUCAAGUGGGUUUGCUCUCACAGUUGCCAGAUUUGAGUCAUUUUUUUGUCUACUUAUUUUGUUUAUUUAUGCAAAGACUCGAUGUGUUGAAUGAACACUUUGUUUAAGCUUCAGGGCUGCCUAAGGGGAGAGACUCAGCACAAGAAAGUGAGCAGAAAAUUCAACAGCAGGCUCAGUUAGCCGUCUAACACCAGACUUCAGUGCAUUGUAUAUUGUAUUUGUAGAGUAUCAACAUAUUUUAUUUAUUAUUAGCCACUGCUGGCUCUAAAAUUGUCAGUAAAACAACAACAACAUGGACAAUCAGAGAAAUCAAAAAAAACAAAACCGGUUUAAGGAAUUGGGAGCUAAAAAUGGUUUUCAGUUAAUUCACCAUCUCAUUUAGAUUUUAUUGUAAAUAUAACAUAGGAAAUAUAUUUUUGUUCAUUAGUGAAGUAUAAGUUAUGUAUUUGGCUGUUCUAUUUUAUUUUUGUAUGUGGUUUCAUGUUUUUAAAACCUGACAAGUCACUGUACCUCAUGCAGAUGCUGAUUUCUUUCUGCUUAUUGGAAGAGAGCAGCAUUGGACCUGAGACAGAGAGAAGCACCUCACUUGCUUAUAUUUUGAUAGUCUUCUCUGGACUAUUCAAAGAACCAAUCAAAAUAAAAGCUAUACUCAUUGGACUUGUUAAAAUAAAGGAGUCAUUACUAGUAAGGUACUCAUUAAAACAACAAGCACUUGAUGUAAAAGAAUUACUCAAUUUGUUUCCAAUCUUAGUGGUAUGCUGUAUGUCCUCACUUGUGUUUUGUGUUAUUACAGCACUCUUUCUAUGCGGCAAAAAUCUGCAUGCAUUUGGCUUGCAUUCACAUUACCAUAAUAAACAAAGGUGUUUUCUUUUUGAAAGAUUGUUUCAAACACAAGUGAUGAUUUUAAAUGUUUGUUUUUUUUAAAGAGGUGGGAGCGUGCAAAUAUUUAUUUGUUUUAAUGUGGCAAAAUGCACAGACAUUGUGCAUUCUUCUUAGUUAAUUCUCUCCUUGUCAUCUUUUUGUAUGUUGCUGAUUUUUAAUGAACAUGUUCAUGACUAUCCAGCCAUCUGCAAAUGUAGCCCUCAUUGUUUUCUCCUAAUCCAUCUGCAAUGGUUUGAACGAAAAACUGAAGACAAAAGCUUGUAUGCUGUUUCAACAUUACUUACUGUAAUUUGAUUUAUUUUUAUUUUUCUGUCUGAACGUUGUGAUGUAUAUGGUGGGAAUGUUCUCCGUGUUAAUUUAAUCAGCACAAUUCACUGACAUGCUGGACUGACAUGCUAGCUGCUGUUCAGAAGUGUACAAUUUGUUGUUCGGGGCAACAUCUAUAGUUGUCUUUGGUACUUUGCUUUUUAGAGUUGUCUCUCAAGCAACACUGUGUGUGGCUCUUCUAUCACUGGAGCCGUUGUUUUGAAAUUGCUGGCAGCCUGAAACAAUUUUCUGCGUAGAAAUCUUUUUUUUUUUUUUUUUUUUUUUCUUCUGGCAGGUACCUAGGCCCAUGGCAAGUAUUGUUUGGGUGUUAUUAGAGAACAUGAAAUACAUAGUGUCUGUUGCUGCUUUAAAAAAGGUUUAUGUCUGAAUAUGUAAAUAGUUUAUCAUAAUAUCUUGUACAGUCCAAUGUAAAGUUUUUAAUUCAACUUAAAAAAAAAAAUGUUGCCAUCACAUUUGUGUUCACAUUCUUCUUUAUACAGUACAAAAAAAUGUAUUAUUUGCUAGGGGUAUUAAUACUAAAAAAAGAAAAAAAGAAAAAAAGAAAAUGUUAAUUUUUUUUUUUUUUUAAAUGUUUGUUUUGCUUGGCUUCAAAGUGUACACCAGCAAGUCUUUGGUUUCCAUGUGCAGUAUUGACGUGAGGUAAACUUAAGGUGAAUAAUUUUACAGUGGUGUGUGUGGAGAACAGUCUCCUCGGCUUUGGUAGUAUUAAUACACUAUAUCAAGUAAAAACAAACCAAUGAGUGACACAUUUAGGUGCAUCUAGGCACCACAGAAAUGUGUAUACUGUACAUGAUUAAAUUACCCCCACAGGAUCGAUUCAGGCAUAUUAUAAUGUAACACCAUUUUCUGUAUGUCUCAGUCCAUUGUAACAAUGCAACAGUGGGAUGAAUAACUGCCUGUUUAAGCUCAUUUACCUCAAGAACUUCCUCCUUUUCUGUAAGAGACAGAAAUUGUGUUACAGAAAAUUUCUCCCAUCACUCCAUCUUUUGUACUGCUGUUGACACUUAAAAAUUAAAGAGACAUUUUGUUUUAAGA